CUCGCCCGCGAAGCCAGGGCACCCGCGCAGCGAGAUUCCAGCCCCAGUCCCCACGGGCGGGCGCCCUGGGCUGUGGAAGGCGCGGGGCUCCCUGUGGCAUCGCCCGAUGGGGUCGGGCGCCCGCGGCAUCACCGCCUAGUGCGCUCCUGGCUGACUUCAGUCCGUCUCGCGGCCUCUCCCGGGUUUAUCCCCCGCAGCAGCUGCCGCCUCGGGACACGCUCAUUCCCACGGCCACCGGCAAGCCACUCCUGGCGACUCCCCGGGACCUGAUGAGCCGCGGCGCGGAGGUGACCGUCCCCGGCCUGCGCCUCCCUUCUUCCUCCUCCCCAGCUGGGCGCGUGGUCGCGUCGCCGGGGGACUCUGCUGAUGCCCGAGAAAUGGGGUGGGGGUGCCGGGUGCCAGAAUGGGGUGGGGCGGCCCGAGGCCGGCCUGACUCCGGGACCGGGCUGCGGGCGAGGGUCUCGAGGCCCGGCUCGGCGGGCUUCCGGGCCGAGAGAGAAGGGUAGAGGAAGCGGUCAGGGUCCCCUCCGGCCCCGGCCUCCCUCCCGGAGUACAAGCCCUUGGAGGCCAGCUUUUGGGUUGCUGCCUCCCAGCCCUUUCGGUCUCCACUUCUCCCCACGGACGUUCACAACUGCUCCCUUUAUUUCUCCCUCCAUUCCCCCGUGGAGCCCCCUCAGCAGCGGAGGGGUCGCGUGCUUCUCUUCUCCCGCCUGCGCCUCCCUCCUUCCCACCCGACAGCCCAGGAGGAGCUGCGGGCGCGGCCCUGGGACCGCCGGAGCCUGGGGCGUCUGCUCGCUCGCGCCCUCCCAGGCGUUGCCGCGGGUCCGAGCCCCCGCAGAGGUGGGCAUAGCCCCAGGGCCGCGGAAAACGAAGGCAGCUGGGCAGGGACGCUCGAUUUUCCGAGCCCCACUUUCCUUUCACAGCCCACUGGGAUGUGUAGUUCUUCCGCCCGUCGGCCGGCGCCGAGGAGAAGCACGACUCCAGGCCUUAGAAACUACAAGUCCCUGCAUGCCCCGCGACAAGGGCAGGAGAGGCGUGGUGCCGGGCGUUCUGGGGCUAGGUGGUGCGAGAUGGGAACCAACAAAGGGAGUUGUGGGGAACGGUGCCUUCUCUGUACUGGGCAGUUUGCACGUUACACAUGUUCUUUGUCUAGUCUUCACCGGAACCCGGCGAGGCAUUAUUGUAUCCAGCUUAGAGAAAGCUUAACUACUGGCCAAACAUCACAAAGCUCCCAAGUAGUAGAGAUGGCAUCGAACCCAGAGCCCUAAGUAUGUCCCUUACAAAGCGUGCCUCAGUGAGGAGUGUCGAAGGGGGAUGAGAUUGGCUUAUCCAAGAGGGCCAGUUGGGAGGAGCUGUGGUAAGGAAAAAGUGAUGGGAAUAGCAAUUAGAGUAUGACAUGAAAUUACAAGGAGUUUUGAAUACAAGUGAAAUUUACAGGGGUCCAUUCCAAAGCCGGUUAAAGUCUAGGGAGAAUGGAUCUUAAGCACACGAUAAUAAUUGGGUUUUAAUUAUUUUAGUUAUUGUAUGAGAGACAAGCAUAUUACAGGGACAAUUAAGUACUUUGUGGCUGGACUAUUUUUAAAAAACCAACUGGAAAGCUUCAGACAUUUCAAGUGAAAGCUCUCAUAUGCUUUCCUGUCCUUUAGCUAAUGAGAUCAACGGGGUAUUAUUCUUAUUCUGUUUAUUGCAAGCACCUUUUCUGUGGGUGUCCAAUUAAUAUAAUAGAUCCAUUGAUUUGAUGGCAUUAAAAAAGACUCCCACUCUUAUUCUCAAUGAAACCGAAUUUUUCUGGCAUUAUGGUUAUGCUUUUAAAAAGUCCUUCCUUAUCUGUUAGAGAUAUGUACUACAGUAUCUGCCAGUGAAAUAAUAUAAAGUCUGAAAUGUGCUUUAAAACACAGCAGCCCAUCCACUCCCUUCCUCCCACCCACCCAGCUCCAGACAUGGAGGUAUAAAUGAAACAAUUGGAAACUGUUGAAAAUAGUUGACCUUGGGUGACAUAUAUUUAAUUAUUUAUUGCUGCAAAUUGCCACAAACGUAGUGGCCUUAAAACAAGAUAGAUUUUUCUCACAGUUUUUAUGGAUCAGGUGUCCAGGUACACUCAGUCCUCCACUUAGGGUCUCACGCCUGCCAUCAAGGGGCUGGCCAGGCUGCAUUCACAUUCACUGGAGAAGAACUGGCUUUCACUCUGACUCCGGGCACAGGGAAAAUUCCUUUCCUUGCAGCAGUAGGACUGAGGGCCCUGGCUUUUUGCUGGCUGGAGACUGGAGACUGUCCUCAGCUCCAAGAGGGAACCUGCAGUUCCUAGAGGUUACGUGGACUUCAUUGUCACUUGGGCUUUCCGAGCACAGCCACUUAAUUCAUCAGGCCUGCAAGGAGAGUCCCCAGAGUGAGUCUCCAGCAAGACAGAAUUUUAUAUAACAUAAAGCAAUCCCAUGGGGGCAACUUCAAAUGUGAACAUUCUGUUGGCCAGAAAGCAUGUUUUGCACACACUCAAAGGGAGAGGAGUACACAGGGCAUGAACACUAGGGUGAGGGGGCAUCCUGGAGUGCAUCCACCACAGUGUACAAGACGGUCCAUUAUGCUAUUCUUACCUACCACAUCUACCAAAUGUUUAUGUUUGACAUUUUCCAUAAUAAAAAAUGAAUUAGUUUUAAAAUGUUACCUAAAUUUUCCGCAGCAAAUAAGAUACGCUGAUAUGACUUCUAAAUAAGCUGAUACAAUCGUCUGUAGUUGUCUUCCUAGGGAUUACUUUUUUCUUCCCACUCCAUGUAUACUAAGACCUCUGCAGUUAAUUCACUUGUACGGGUUACUCUCCCCUAAGGGCAUUCACUAGAACUCGUGUGUGAUAGCUGCAGAAUUCACCUCACCAACUACAGUUGAUCUUGAAUAAUAUGGGUUUGAACAGCGUGGAUGCCCUUAGACACGGAUUUUUUUCAACCAAAUGCAGAUGGAAAAUACAGCAUCCCUGGGAUGGGAAAUGCAAGUAUUCAAAGGGCAAAGGCCAACUCUUCCUAUAUGCAGGUUCUGUGGAGCCUGUUUAAGGACCUGAAUAUGUGCAGAUUCAGGUAUACGCAGGUGAUCCUGGAACCAAUCUCCUGAGGAUACUGAGGGACGAUUGUAAAACCUACUGUAGAAGGUAUGGUAGAGUUUAUUCAUUUAUUUUGCAGUUAUCUAUUUUAGGGCCUAGAUUGUGCUAAGUACUGUUUUAGCAGCAGCGAUAUAAGAAGAUCCAAGAUAGAAGCUUAUAUUUGGGGGCUGGGGGAGAGGUGGAGAGAAGAAACAAAUAAAUAAAUGACUAAUAAGACAAUUUCAGAGAGUAAUUACAAGAACGAGAAAACAAAGCAGGGUUAUGGGAUGGACAGACUGGGGUCGGACAGAGAAUCAAAUGAUGAGAAGCAGCAAGUACCAAGUCCUCAAGGCAGAACAACCUGGAAAAUUCUAGGGGUACAAAGAAAAACCAGUCUGGCUGGAGUGGAGCGAGGGCCAGGGAGAGAGGGAAAAAGGAACAGGACCAAGGAAGCAUCUGGAAUUCAUUCUAUAUGCACCAGCAUCAAUUCUGUAUGCCACACUCUGUACCCACCAUAGGUGUAAGUGUUGAGGGGUCUGAAAGAAGAAUCACCAUCCUUUCCCUCCAGGAAUGUAUAGAUUCCAAACUUUAAUGCUAGAGGGAUGUCAGCGUAUCUAGAAUUAGAGACCAAAACGUAUUUCUCAAACAAGGACACUGAAAAGUCAAAAGACCUGCUAAAAAUUCCUUGAGAAUGCCUCGCCAAUAACAAAUAAUCCAAAAAUGAGUCUUGAAUUGAAUUGAAAGAGUGCAUGAUCUACUUUUGCUAAAUCGAGUUUAGCCUAAUGCUGCCUCUUUACAUAUUUUAAGUUUGGCCUAAAGGUUUCUCUGUACACUGUGAACUAUAGCCUAAAUGGAAGUGUAAACAGAGUGUGAUCUACUCAGGUGUCAGUUACUGAGUUUUGGCCACUCAAUUGUGGCCAAUUGUUCAAACCAUGUUCAAAUAAGACAAACGCUGAGCUGUAACCAUCUGGCUGUUUCCGUACCUCAUUUCCACUUUCUGUACGUCACUUUCUUUUUUCUGUCCAUAAAUUCUCUUCCACCACGCGGCUGCACUGGAGUCUCUGAGGCUACCCUGGCUCAGGAGGCUGCCCAAUUCAUGAAUCAUUCUUUGCUCAGUUAAACUAUUUUAAAUUGAAUUCAGCUGAAGUUUUUCUUUUAGCACUUUAAAGCUUUAGAAAAUUGAUAAUGAAUGUUUAGUGCUUGUCACAUGCAGGGCAGUACGAUAGAGAAGGUAAAUGCGGCAGAGAAACUACAGUUGAGGUUGGGAAACAAGAUGGAGGCACAUGAGAAAUUCAAUAAUACAAUAAAAUGAUAUUAUAAAAAUAAUGAUCUUUUCUCCAGAGUAUUUUUGUAUUAGGCAAUCUCCUGGUUGUUUAUACAUUUAGAUCAUUAAAUCCAGAGGACAACCUGAUGAGGCAGGGAUUAUUAUCUUUAUUUCACAGAGGAGGAAACUGAAGAUCAGAGAAGUUAGGUGAUUUGCCCAGGGUUUUGCAGUAAGUAAGUAAUAGAGUCAAGAUUCUAGGCCAGAUAUGAAUGUCUGACUCAGGCUUUCCUAUAUCCCCCAUACAAUGGAAAGCGCAUGCAGUCUGAUGAACCAACAACUGAGUGGAAUAGAGAAAUCAUCUUGAUUUCAGAGCGAAGAGAAAUCUCAGGCCCAGCCUGUAGCAAAGUGCACCUCUGACCUUGACAGUUUGGACAGGAAGAAUAUAAAAGGGUUAGUCUCUCAGGGAAAUGGGGAUGGGUACAGAAAAGUAAAUUAUUGGGAAAGUACAUGAUGUUUCUAGCUGGAGUAGAACUGACAGGGAUCCAAGCAAAAUUAGUUUAUUUGGGAGGGGAUUGCAGAAAACACCAGCAGAAGAGCGAGGAAGUGAGAUAGGGAGGGAAAAGAAACCAAUAAAGCAUGCGCUAUCGAGCAAGCUACCACAGUGGGCCACUGAAACUCAGGCCCUCUAGGGCAGUGGUCCCCAACUUUUUGGCACCAAGGACCAGUUUUGUGGAAGACAAUUUUUCCACGAACCGAAGGGUGAGGGGAUGGGGGCAUGGUUUGGGGAUGAGUCAAGUGCAUUACACUGAUUGUGUACUUUAUUUCUAUUAUUAUGAUUACAUUAUAAUAUAUAAAGAAAGAAUUAUACUACUCACCAUAAGGUAGAAUCAGUGAGAGCCCUGAGCUGUUUUCCUGCAAUUAGACAGCCCCAGUGGGGGUGAUGGGAGGCAGUGACAGAUCAUCAGGCAUUAGAUUCUCAUAAUGAGCGUGCACUCUAGGUCCCUCACAUGCUCAGUUCACAAUAGGGUUCACACUCCUAUGAGAAUCUAAUGCUAAUCUGACAGGAGAUGGAGCUCAGGCAGUAAUGUGCGUGAUAGGGAGGGCUGUAAAUACAGCGGAAGCUUCGCUCACUUGUCCGCUA